UACUUGCAGUGCCCAAAAGAAGUCUUCUUUUAAUCUCCUAUAAAGAGGAGGUUCUUUAGCAGGCUGUGAGCCAGUGUUAUUACUGAUCACUUGUGAAUGGAUAUGUCACUUUUAACAACACAGCUUACUUUUUUAUUUGAAUUUCUGAAUAUCCUUCCGUAUUUUAAAAAUCCAGGACAUUUGGAGUAGGAGAAAAAUUCUGCUGGAAGAACUAAUUAAAAGUGUAAUUCCUCUCCUUUCCUUUCUGUACUUCUUAGCUGCCUUAAUUUAUUUUUGGCUUUUUUUAUUCCUCAUUAAACUUAUUUUGCACAUUAGUGUUUACAAAUCUUAGCCAUCUUAACUCUGACAGAAGACUUACGACUAACCUUUGUUGAGUACCUUGUGGUCUUAUGUUGUCUCCUUUGCCCUUCAAGGAUUCUCACCCCACCCCUCCAGCAUUCCUGUAUACUGUUAGACAUGGAUAUACCUGUUUAUUGAGCUGCUUAGAGUCUUGGCUCUAGGACAGGCCAUUGCCAUUGUGUUGUCAAUUGAUCUUCAGUUUCAUCUAUUGAAGCUUUAGGCAUGGGUUUGAUAUUUGAAGUAAUAAACGUAGGUGUUAGAAAGCCUCCAUCCUGUGAGAGAAACUUUGGAGGGGCACUCUUUUGUCUCCAUUAUUAGUUAACAAAAGGUGCCUUUAGACCCCGUAUGUUACCAUGUCAUUUGGUCAAGCCCCUGAUACAUAAUUUCAUGUAAUUGUUAAAGUGGGUCUAAUACAGUUGUGACUAAGCCCAUGUAUAAAAGCAUUAUCUGAUCUAAGGGUUUUUUUUUUUUUUUUUAAUCAUAGCUGUGGCUCUCUCCCCUCCUCUCUUUCCUCUCUCUCCCCCAUCCUUUCCUGUCUUCUUUCUCUCUGCUUUUCUCUCCUCCUUGAUGCUGCUCUUCAGCAUCCCUUUCUCGCCAAUAAAAACCUUUCGUACAAAAAAAAUAAAUAAAUCAUAGCUGUGUGCAUUAAUGCAAUCAAUGGGGUAAGGGUUGUUAGAUAACAACCCCAAAGUUGACAGACUUUGUGCAUCUGUCUUAAUGGCCAUCUUAGGAGCUUGUUACUCUCUUUAUGGGUAGCUCUAGACAUCAUUUUGGAAAGUUGCAGUCUGGCAUUUGUGCUACUGCUCAUUCUCUGAAGUUGUUCAUAACUGCUGUAGCCUCUGGUUUUAUAGUUUCAUCAACCUCAUUUUUGUAUGUGGUAAUGCAUCUUCAACAUCCUAUUCCAUGUUAGAAACUGACUUGGGAAUAGCUUGGUCAUUCAGACCACCUGUAAAUUUGGAUGGAUGUCCCGAAGUAUUUACUGUUUAUCUAGCCAAGGAUUCUCUUUUCUUUAGAUAACUGUUUUAGAUUCUAGGACCAAAGUGCAAAGGAGAAGUUCUAUUCAAAGGCAGUAGUCAAAAUACUAUUAUUUUAGUUGACAUAAUUGGUAUUUACUAUGUUGGUCACUUUUCCAGGCUGCUCUAAAUUAGCUUAGAAUGAGACCUGUCAAACAUCCACCUUUGGGACUAUAAUAAAAUUAAAUCAAGCUGGAAUAGCUAACAUUGCAGCUGUCAAGUUCCCCACAGAUAUCCCAAGGAAUAAAGGGAUAGCAUUUUGCUUAGGCAAAAUUCUAAGACUCAAGUUCCUGCCCUUCUGGUACAGGGGCGUUUAAUACUGAAUGUGUAACAGGAGCACUGCCUUUACCAAAUCAAAUGAGUGAGAGGUUAACUAGAAAAUGUGACAAUCACAUUUCCUCUUAGCUCAAAUAAUUCUGUUUUUCCAAAGCUUUAGCAGCUUAAUUAAAUCUAUUGGACUGAGGGAGGAGAGAAAUGUUCUCUAGUGGUUAACAUGGUAUUCUUUAAGAAGAAAAAACAAAGCCAAAGAAAAUGCAUUAUCUGGCUUAUUCGCCUUAAAGGUGGUAGUAGGUAGAAUCUGGGGUUUUAAUUACUUUUCAAAGCUGCCUAUCUAAAUAUUUGAUAUUGCCCUCUUAGUAUUUCAGGUAGAAUUCCUGCUGUAUUUUUUAUUUGAGUAAGGGUUAUAUGCAUUUAACUAGCUUUCUUCAUCCAUGCAGACAUUCUCUCACCAUAGGGGUCUUGACAAAGCAGAGUAAAAAUGUUCUGUUUACGUAGUUUACUUGUAAGUAAGGAACCUGAAAUAACUUGUAGUUUUGCAUUUAAUGUAGGCCCUGAUUUAAUUGCAUUGUUGUCAGGAUCACUUAUGAAACUGAUGUUUGGUGCCUCCUCUUUAUUAUGUUUUUUCCCUUGUAGCAGUUGUAUUUAAUGUCAUUAAAAAGAAAUAAAGUUCGGGCAGCGCCUGUGGCUCAGUGGGUAGGGCACUGGCCCCAUAUACCGAGAGUGGUAGGUUCGAACCGGGCUCUGGCCAAACUGCAACAAAAAAUAGCCCGGCGUUGUGGCGUGUGCCUGUAGUCCCAGUUACUCGGGAGGCUGAGGCAAGAGAAUCGCCUAAGCCCAGGAGUUGGAGGUUGCUGUGAGCUGUAAUGCCACGGCACUCUACCGGGGGUGACAAAGUGAAACUCUAUCUCAAAAAAAAAAUCUGCACCCAAAGGCUUGCCCGACUGUUAGGGACACUCUCUGUGGAACAAGAGAAAGGACAUGCAGGUUAGUGAAGGAGCUGGGUUCCAGACCAGGGCAUGUUUUCUUCCCCUUUUCCAAGUAUCGGAACAAAAGGAGAUGAUAUACUGCUCUAAUCAGGGUCCCCUACCAAGUCCAUUCAGAGAAUUGUGUAACAGGUAAGCCUGGUAGCAGAAAGAACCAGUAGUUGACCUGCCUGUCGGCCCUUCUGUACAACUCGUUAACUUAAUGUAUGAAACACUUAAAGAUUUAAAUCCUAAUUAACCAAUGUCUUUCUAAACACAGUAGAACCUCCAUAGUUGGUUACCUCCCUCCACUGACCACUUCCUUAAGAUGACCUAAUUUUCAUAGAUCAGGCAUGCACCAUAGGUAUGUAUUAGUAUCAUAAGCCUUAUGUUGACUACCUCUAUAUGUUGACCAAUUUAUUACAGUCUGUUGGGUGGUUAACUUACAGACUUUCUACUGUAUGUACAUACUGAUAGCAAUUAGUAGCAAAAUUAUUCAGUAAGUUAUAAUUGUUUUUAGAGACAGAGUUUCACUUUGUCACCCUUGGUAGAGUGCUGUGACGUCACAACUCACGGCAACCUCCAACUCCUGGGCUUAGGCAAUUCUCUUGCCUCAGCCUCCUGAGUAGCUGGGACUACAGGCACCAGCCACAACACCUGGCUAUUUUUUUGUUGCGGAUUACAGGGCUGAGUUCGAAUCUGCCAGCCUCGGUAUAGUAAGUUAUAAUUUCUAAAAGUAUUUUAUAAUUGGUUUGAUGUUAAUUUACCUCUAAGUGUUUGCUUUCCAUGGAAAAUUUUGAACAUCACAUUUCCCAAAAUCUUUCUUUUUUUUUUUUUGAGACAGAGCCUCAAGCUGUUGCCCUGGGUACAGUGCAUGACAUCACAGCUUACAGCAACCUCAAACUCCUGGGCUCAAGCGAUUCUCCUGCCUCUGCCUCCCAAGUAGCUGGAACUACAGGCGCCCACCACAAUGCCCAGAUAUUUUUUGGUUGCAGCAAUCAUUGUUUGGUGGGCCCGAGUUGGAUUCAAACCCGUCAGCUCAGGUGUAUGUGGCUGGUACCUUAGCCGCUUGAGCCACAGAUGGGGACACUGAGGCUCAGGAAGGGUCAGUUCUUUUCCAGAGUUACAGAGCACCUAUGAGGCAGCACUGAGGUCUGAAGAGAUGAAUUUGUACAAUCAGUUUCAGAUCAGCUUGCUGCAGAGCAAGGCAGAAGAGAAUGGUAAUCCAUCUCACCUACAGGAUCCUACCAUGGUUGCCCAUUUCUCAUGGCUUCUCUAUUUCCUCAGGAUACCCUGGUGAUGGCAGAAAUGGAACCUGCACAGGGCCGUGUAGUCUUUGAGGAUGUGGCCAUAUAUUUCUCCCAGGAGGAGUGGGGGCAUCUUGAUGAGGCUCAGAGGUCAUUGUACCGAGAUGUGAUGCUGGAGAACAUGGCGCUUCUGUCCUCACUAGGUUGUUGGCAAGGAGCCUCAGGUGCAGAGGCACCUUCGGAACAAGGUGUUUCUGUGGUAAUGUCAGAGAUCAUGACUCCAGUACCCUGUGUAUCUUCCCAGAAGAUUCAGCCCAGGAAGACAUGUGACCCACUCUUGAAAGACAUUUUUUAUGUGGCUGCCCACAGUAGUAUACUUCCUGAGCAAGAGAUGUAUAUUUCUGCAUCAGAGCUUUUUCAGCACCAGAAGCAGGAGAUUGGAGAGAAUCUUUCCACAAAGGGAGACUAUUGGAGACCUUCAUUUGGAAAGAACCCCAGAGUUCACAUGGCAGAGAAGAUUUUCUCAUGCAGCGAGGGUGGGAAGGAUUUGCCGGCUCCCUCUAGCUUUCUGCAGCACCAGGCCCCUCAAAAUGGGUGGAAACCCUUCAGGGACACAGAGAACAGAGAAUUCUUUCUAACUGAACAAAAUGAUCACAAGUGCAGUGCAUGUGGGAAAAGCUUUGCCUUCAAACAUGCACUUAUUGAGCACCAAAAAAUCCACAGAAGAGAAAGGCCUUAUGAGUGCAACAAAUGUGGGAAAUUCUUUAGAUAUGGUGCCAACUUCAUGAAACAUCAGACAGUUCACAGUGGUGAAAGGACUUACGAAUGCAGAGAAUGUGGAAAAUCAUUUAUGUAUAAUUAUAGACUUUUGAGACAUAAGAGAGUUCACACUGGGGAAAGGCCUUAUGAAUGUGACAUAUGUGGGAAAUUCUUCAGGUACAGCUCUACAUUUGUUAGACAUCAGAGAGUUCACACUGGAGAAAGGCCUUACGAGUGCAGGGAAUGUGGGAAAUUCUUUAUGGACAGCUCCACACUCAUUAAACAUCAGAGAGUUCACACUGGAGAAAGGCCUUACAAGUGCAGUGAAUGUGGGAAAUUCUUUAGGUAUAUCUCAACACUCAUUAGACAUCAGAGAAUUCACAAUGGAGAGAGGCCUUAUGAAUGCAACAUAUGUGGUGAAUUCUUUAGAUAUAAUUCCAGCCUCAUUAAACAUUGGAGAAUUCACACUGGAGAAAGACCUUAUAAAUGUAGCGAAUGUGGGAAGUCCUUUAGGUACCACUGCAGGCUCAUUAGACAUCAGAGAGUUCACACUGGAGAAAGGCCUUAUGAGUGCAGUGAAUGUGGGAAAUUCUUUCGGUACAACUCCAACCUCAUUAAGCAUUGGAGAAAUCACACUGGAGAAAGGCCGUAUGAGUGUAGAGAAUGUGGGAAAGCCUUUAGCCAUAAACAUAUACUUGUUGAGCACCAGAAAAUUCACAGUGGAGAAAGACCUUAUGAGUGCAGUGAGUGUCAGAAAGCCUUCAUUCGAAAGUCUCACCUGGUUCAUCACCAGAAAAUCCACAGUGAAGAGAGGCUUAUGUGCUCCCUGAAUGUGGAGAGUUCUUUAGGCACAACACCAGCCCCAUUAAAUAUCAGAGAUUUCACAAUGGAGAAACAUUGCCACUGACAAUUUAAAUUGGAUAUUUCACUGAUGUUAGAUAAAUUCACAUAUUUAUGCAACUUAUUUUUAAAACUCAACUUGCAAAAGUGAAACUCCAGCCAGUAAAUGACACCUCGUUCAUUCCCCUUCCUUACUGUUCCUGGCAACUACAGUUCUACACUCUGUAUUAUGUUCUCUAUCUUUUUUUUUGCAGUUUUUGGCAGGGGCUGGGUUUGAACCUGCCACCUUUGGCAUAUGGGGUUGGCGCCCUACACUCUGUAUUAUGAAUUCUACACUGAUUAGUACCUCAUAUAAGUGGAUUCAUGCAGUGUUUGUGUUUUUAAGAUUGGCUUAUUUUACUUAGGAUAAUAUCCUCAAGGGUUGUUCAUGUCAUAGCGUGUAUCAGAAUUUUCUUUCUUUUUAGGUGAAAUAAUUUUCUGUUGUACAUAAAUACCACUUUUCUUUAUCCAUUCAUCUGUCCAUGGACACUUGCAUUACUUCCAUCUUUUAGCUGUUGGAAAUAAUGCUGCUAUGAAGGUGAGCAUAAAAGUAUCUAUUCAAGACCCAGCUUUCAGUUCUUUUCCCUGCUAGAAAAGGAGAUUGUUGAUUAUAUAGCAUUUACAUUUUUGAUCUUUUGAGGAACUGUUUUCCAUUCAUACUGGCACCAUUUUUAACAGUGCACAAAAGUUCCAAUCUAUGCAUUUCAUCACAAAUGUUCAUUUUCUCAUGUUGAUUUUUGUUUUUCUGGGUUUUUUUGGACAAUAGCUAUCUUACUGUGUAUGAGAUAGUUUCAUUGUUUUUAUUUUGCUAAUGAUGUCGAGCAUCUUUUCAUAUGCUUGUUAAGCAUUUGUAUAUGUGGAGAAAUAUCUGAGUCUUCUAAAAAGAUUUUUUAAAUGGGAUUAUUUGCUUUUAUUUAUUUAUUUUUGAGUUGUAAGAAUUCUUUAUGCUGGAUAUUAACCCUUUACAAAUACAUAAUUUAAAAAAAUCUCCAGUCCAUAGGUUGUUUUUUUCUUUUUUUCUUUUUUUUUGGUGGUGAUUAUUUUUUGCUUUGUUGAUUGUACAGAUGACCCUCUAUAUUUUUAGGUUCUAUAUCUAUGGAUUGAACUAACCAUGGAUAAAAAAUAUUGGGAAAUGUAGGUAUAUGCCUAAUAGAAGAACAAAAUAACUCAGGGUCCUAGCACUCUGGGAGGCUAAGGUGGGUGGAUUGCCUGAGCUCACAGGUUUGAGACUAGCCUGAGCCAGUGUGAGACCCCCGUCUCUAAAACUAGCCAGGCAUUGUGGCCAAUGCUGGUCAUCCCAGCUUCUUGGGACACUAAGACAAGAGAAUUGCUUGAGGCUAGGAGUUUGAGCUUGCUGUGAGAUAUGAGGCCACAGCACUCUACUGGGGGCAAAAAAGUGAGACUGUCUCAAUACAAAUAAAAAAUAACUCAGAGAAAAAAGCAUAUUUGUAUCUAUACAGAACACAUAUAGGCUUUUCUUGUCAUUCCCUCAACAAAGUCUAACAAUUGUUUACAUAAUAGUUAUAUUAAGUGUUAUAAUCUAGAGAUGAUUUAGCAUAUAAGAUGAUGUGGGUGGCAUAUAUGCAAAUAUUACAUCUUUUUAUAUAAUCAGACUUUUGUAUCCACAGGGUAUCCUAGAAGCAGUACCCCACAGAUACCAAAAAGACAAUUGUCAUCCAGUUUAUUGCUUUUUAUUGCUGUUACCUGUUUUGUUUUGGGAGGAGUUUUGUUUGUUUUUUGAGAGGGAGUCUCACUCUUGUUCUAGGUAGAGUGCUGUGUGGUGUCAUAGCUCACAGCAACCUCAAACUCUUGGGCUCAAGAGAUCCUCUUGCCUCAGCCUCCCUCUAGAAUAGGUGGGACUACAGCUGCCUGCAACAAUGCCUGGCUAGUUUUUCUAUUUUUAGUAAAGAUGGGGUCUUACUCUUGCUCAGCCUGGUCCCCAAUUCCUCAGCUUAAGGGUUCCUCCCACCUCAGCCUCCCAAGGUGCUAGGAUUACUACCUGUGUUUUUGAUCCUUCUCCUAGAAAUCAUUAUUAAAGCCAAAG